AACAAACUGCUGACACAGUUUUCCUGUUCGGAAAAUAAAAUAUCGACACUUCCGAAAGGAAUUUUUCAUGGACUUUCUGAACUGCGAGUGUUAGAGUUGGAGGGAAACCGGUUAGAAAAUCUUCCCGAAGUUGUUUUUCUGAAUUUGUCGUCAUUGCGAAGACUCAGUUUAUCAAAAAAUCGCCUGACAUUUUUACCCGAAAAUAUCUUCCUUCCAUUGACUAAAUUAACCAAUCUCGAUCUAUCUAACAACAGUUUAAGUAAAAUUAUGGGUGAGCGUCCUUUUGGCAGCGGCAAGCAUCUAAAUUAUCUGAAUUUAAAUAAUGCAGGUUUGACGCAAUGGCCAGUGUUAGAUUGGACAGAAUACAACUUGACUGAAGUCGAUUUCUCAAAUAAUCGUUUUGAAAUUGACAAAUUGCCAAUUUACACACGAAAUCCAGUGAUAAUUCUUCUGUCUAAUUGUAAAAUCAGAACAAUUUACGUCGAUGACAGGAAACAUGGAUUUCAAAUGCCGACUUAUUAUUAUUUAAAUAAUAAUAAAGUUACUUGCGAUCACAAACUGCAGCAGUUCGUUUUUGCCCUUAAGUCAAAUACAGAAUUAGCAAAGAAAAUGUUUCCAGGAAUUGAGAACACGAAAUGUUACGGAGAAGAAAGAAAUUUGCUGGAUGAUACAUCUCUUGUGGUCAUUGGAAAUUAUUGUCCGAUGAAUUGCGAAUGUUCUGCACAAGAUAAUCACGUGGUGGUGAAUUGUUCCGGAAAGGGAAUCGACCGAAUUCCCGAAGUUCUCGUUUCCAAUGCGACGAUUGUCGAUUUAAGUAAUAAUUACGUAAAAGAGUUUUCUGAUGUCGAUUGUGUGACGUGGAGAAACGUCACCCAUCUGCGUCUGAGUAAUAAUUCGAUAAGUAACAUUUCGGAUUAUGUUAUUUUACCAAACCUGAAAUACCUCUGGUUGGACGGAAACCGGUUAACCGAAUUGCCUUUCGGUUUAAUGAACUUGUUCGACGUUUCGCCGAAAUUUCAGAUUCACUUGUCCAGAAACAAUUUCUAUUGUCAUUGUCAUUCUCUCAUUACUAAGGACUGGUUGCUUAGAAACAGGCAGAAGAUUGCAGAUUUCUCCGAUGUUUUCUGCGCGAGAAAUUCGUCUUCUGUGUCUUUCACCGAAAUUAUUUCCAAUGAAGAAUGCACAGAAAUUGCAGAAAUAAAUUUGGCAUCUUCAGUACACAAUUCGUCUUCGAUCGAGUAUUCAUUGGAUGAAGUUAAUUUUGUUUCUGGAUGGAAAAUCGCAGUGACUGUUCUUACUUCGCUAAUGUUAAUAGGUGUAAAUGUUGUUGCUUUCUCUGCUUAUUGUCGUAGAGAAGAAAGUAUUCGUGUGUCGAAUGGAAUAGAACCGUCCUUAGACGAAAUGAGGUGGGUUUUCUUCUUGCAAUUCCUAUUUCUUGCGGUUAAUUCUUGUCGAGAGUUUUGGCAACAUUGGGAGAAUGUUGCUUGUAAGUCGGUGGAAGACGGCUGCUACGAAUCAAAGAACUUUUCCUCCGUUGAAAUCUUAAAUCAAUCCUUAUUAAUCAAAUGCGGCGAGGAAAGGAUCGACUCUCGUUUAAUGCGAUGUUUGGAUGUUAAAAAUGCACGAGAGGUACAAUUUAAAGAUUGUUAUAUGUCUGGGAUUGACUUUGAAACGUUCACUUUCGGGUAUAAAAUCGAACACUUGACGAUAUGGUACACAUUGAGGUAUAAAAAAAUCUUCGAGAGCGCCUCGUUUAAUAACAUGUCCUCGCUGAAAUCUGUCGAAAUACAAUACGUGAAGACGUCGGAACUUCUAAAUGUAACAUUUCGCAACGUUCCGUCGCUGACUUCAUUGACAAUUAUAUGGUAUAACUUCACUUUAUUUCCCAACAAACCUUUCCGAGAGUUAAUUAAUCUUUCCAAAUUAUACAUCACGCGUGGAAAUUUAAGAGUUUUACCAGAAGAUGUAUUUUAUAAUCUUUACAAUUUGGAAAAACUGCUGUUAAUUCUGAAUAAAAUUGAAUCGAUUCAUCCACUCGCCUUUAGAAAUCUCUCCAAACUCGAAAAUUUGAAUUUAGGCUGGAAUCGGAUAAAGAAUUUACCAGGUGAUACGUUGAAAGGUCUUUUUAACUUAAGGACAUUUUCUAUUACUAACAACCGACGAUUAUCAGAAAUUCCGUCGGGAUUCUUUAAGAAACUGCACAACUUGACUGAAAUUAAUGCAGAGUCUUGUUCUAUUUCUUCACUCGCAGAAGACGUAUUUUCUGACUUGAUUAAUUUGAAAAUCGUCUAUUUAGGUUCCAAUCGAAUUGAACGUCUCCCGCCAAAUCUUUUGAAAAAUAACAAACGACUGACACGAUUUUCUUGUUCGAAGAAUAAAAUAUCGACACUUCCUACAGAAAUAUUUCACGGACUUUCUGAACUACGAGAGUUAUCGUUGUGGAGAAACCGGUUAGAAAAUCUUCCCGAAGAUGUUUUUCAGAAUUUAUCGUCAUUGCAAGAACUCAGUUUAUCAUUGAAUCGCCUGACAUUUUUACCCGAAAAUAUAUUCCUCCCAUUGACUAGAUUAACGAAUCUCGAUUUAUCUUACAACAAUUUAACCGAAAUUACUGGUGAGCGUCCUUUUGGCAAGCAUCUAAAUUAUCUGAAUUUAAAUAAUGCAGGUUUGACACAAUGGCCGGUGAUAAAUUGGACAGAAUACAACUUAACUGAAGUAAUUUUGUCAAAUAAUCAUUUCGAAACUGUCAAAUUGCCAAUUUACACACUAAAUCGAGUGAUAAUUCGUCUGUCUAACUGUAAAAUCAGAACAAUUUAUUUAGAUGAGUGGAAAUAUGGAUUUCAUAUGCCGACGUAUGAUAUAAGUAAUAAUGAAAUCACUUGUGAUCACAAACUGCGGCAAUUCGUUUCUUUCGUUAAUUCAAAUAUAGAAGUAGCGAAGAAAAUGUUUCCAAAUAUAGAGAAGACGAAAUGUUACGGAGAAGAAAGAAAUUUGUUAGAUAAUACAUUUCUCGUUGUAAUAGGAAAUUAUUGUCCGAUGAAUUGCGAAUGUUUUGCCAAAGAAAAUCAAGUGAUAGUCAAUUGUUCCGGAAAUGGAAUCGACAAAAUUCCCGAAGUUCUCCUCCCGAAUGCGACGAUUGUCGAUUUAAGUAAUAAUUACAUAAAGGAGUUAUCUAAAGUCGAUUGCGUAACGUGGAAAAACGUCACUCAUUUGCGUCUGAGUAAUAAUUCGAUAAGUAACAUUUCGGAUUAUGUUAUUUUACCAAACCUGAAAUACCUCUGGUUAGACGGAAACCGGUUAACCGAAUUACCUUCCGGUUUAAUGAACCUGCUCGACGUUUCGCCGGAAUUUAAGAUUUACUUGUCCAGAAACAAUUUUUAUUGUCAUUGUCAUUCUCUCAUUACUAAGGACUGGUUGCUUAGAAACAGGCAGAAGAUUGCAGAUUUCUCCGAUGUUUUCUGCGCGAGAAAUUCGUCUUCUGUGUCUUUCACCGAAAUUGUUUCCAAUGACGGAUGCACAGAAAUUCCAAAAAUAAAUUUGGCCUUUUCAGUAAAUGAUUCUUCUUCAAUCUUACCAGAUUCAUUGGACAAGAUGAGGUUUGUAAUCGUUUUUCAAUUGCUAUUUUUAGCGGUAAAUUCUUGUCGAGAGUUUUGGCAACAUUGGGGAAAUGCUUCUUGUCCGUCAUGGGAAGAGAGAUGCUACAAAUCGAAACACUUAUCCUCCGUUGAUAUAUAUAAACAAUCCUUAUCCAUCCAGUGCGGCCAGGAAAGGAUCGACUCUCGUUUAAUGCGAUGUUUGAAUGUUAGAAAAGUACAAAAGUUAUUUAUUAGAAAUUGUUAUCUGUCGAGGAUCGACUUUGGAAUAUUCACUUUCGGAUAUGAAAUCGAAGAAGUUUGGAUAUAUAACGGAAGAGACCAGCAGGAAAGAAACUUCGAGAGCGCUUCGUUUAAUAACAUGUCCUCUCUGCGAUCUGUCGUAAUACGAUACAUCAGAACGUCGGAAAUUCUAAACUUAACAUUUCGCAAUGUUCCAUCGCUGACUUCAUUGAGAAUCGAAUACUAUAACUUCACUUUAUUUCCGAAAGAACCUUUCCGAGAGUUAAUUAAUCUUUCCGAAUUAGACAUCGUGGAAGGAAAUUUAACACUUUCACCAGAUCUAUUUUAUAAUCUUCACAAAUUGACAACACUUGAUUUAGGCCUACGUGGCAAUAAACUUGAAUCGAUUCAUCCACUCGUCUUUAGAAACCUCACUCGAUUGGAAGUUUUAUAUUUAGGUUUCAAUCGGAUAAAGGAUUUACCCAGUGACAUGUUGAAAGGUCUUUUUAAUUUAACGUUUUUUUCUAUUGAGGGAAACCGUGAAUUAUCAGUAAUUCCUUCCGGAUUCUUUAAAAAACUGCACAAUUUGACUAUAUUUUUUGCAUCGAGUUGUUCGAUUUCUUCACUCGCAGAAGACGUAUUUUCUGACUUAAUUAAUUUGAAAAUCGUCGAUUUAGAUUCCAACCAAAUUGAACAUCUCCCUCCAAAUCUUCUGAGAAAUAACAAACGACUGACACAGUUUUCUUGUUCGAGCAAUAAAAUAUCGACACUUCCUACAGAAAUAUUUCACGGACUUUCUGAACUUCGAUGGUUAUCGUUGCGGGGAAAUCUGUUAGAAAAUCUUCCCGAAGAUGUUUUUCUGAAUUUAUCGUCAUUGCAAGAACUCAGUUUAUCAAGAAAUCGCCUAACAGUUUUACCCGAAAAUAUCUUCUUCCCUUUGACUAAUUUAACAUAUCUCGAUCUAUCUGAAAACAAAUUAACUAAAAUUAUCGGUGAGCGUCCUUUCGGCAGCAGCAAAAAUUUAACUCAUGUCCGUUUAAAUAAGGCAGGUUUGACACAAUGGCCGGUGUUAGAUUGGACACAAUACGACUUGACUGAAGUCGAUUUCUCAAAUAAUCGUUUUGAAACCGUCAAAUUGCCAAUUUACACAACAAAUCGCGUGAAAAUUGAUCUGUCUAACUGUAAAAUCAGAACAAUUUACAUGGAUGACAAGCAAUAUGGAUUUCAAAUGCCGUCUUAUGAUUUAAGUAGAAAUGAAAUUAUUUGUAACUACAAACUGCAGCAAUUCGUUUUUGCCCUUAAGUCAAAUAUAGAAGUAGCAAAGAAAAUGUUUCCAGAUAUAGAGAAAACGAAAUGUUAGGAAAAAAAAAUUUGCUGGAUAAUACAUCUCUCGUAGUCAUAGGAAAUUAUUGUCCGAUGAAUUGCCAAUGUUUUACCGAAGAAAAUCACAUCAUAGUCAAUUGUUCCGGAAAGGGAAUCGAAAGAAUCCCCAACGUUCUCGUCCCGAAUGC